AUGGAUGGAGGGUCGAUAGCAUGGCUUCAAGUCUUGGCAAGCUGGCUGCUAUAUGCGAACACUUGGGGUCUGACAAACUCCUUUGGCGUUUUCCAAAACCAUUAUACUACAGUCAUGCUAUCUUCGUCUACUCCGUUGGCAAUAUCCUGGAUCGGAUCUCUACAGACUUUUCUGACAAUGGCCACUGGUUUGUUUGCUGGAGUCGUGCUCGAUUCUGGCCAUCUGCGCUCGGCAAUGCUUGUCGGCAUUUCGCUACAGGUGCUGGGCAUGUUGAUGACCUCUAUCUCAAGUGAAUACUGGCAUUUCGUAAUCGCGCAGGGCCUAUGCGUCGGGCUUGGUAGCGGGAUCCUGUCCAUAGUAUCGCUCGUCAUCUUGCCCCUGUAUUGGCGUAAGCGGAAGAUGACAGCAGGCGGAAUCGCAGCGACCGGAAGUGGACUGGCCGGCGUUCUGUAUCCCAUCAUGCUCAGGCGCCUCUUCCACGAAGUCGGGUUUCCUUGGGCAGUAAGGUGCUUGGCACUUCUCAUGUUGGCCAUGGACGUCUUAGCAUUUCUUGCAAUUCGUCCAAAGACGCCUGAACGACCCUCAGGACCUCUGUUUCGACUGCAUUUCCUCAAGGACAAGAACUAUGCGCUUUGGGUCAUCUGCUUCGCUUUUCUUGUCGCAGCAGUGUACACUCCUUACUUUUAUGAUGCCAGUUUCGCUCUCAGCAUUGGUAUAGACGAGCAAAUGGCCAUAUAUGCACUGAGUAUCAUGAACGCAUCGACGCUGAUCGGACGGUUGCCCCCAGCAUUGCUGGCGGACAGAUUCGGGCCAAUCAACGUGCUCGCCCCGUGUACCAUAGGCACUAUUGCCAUUCUUUUCUCCUGGCUGGCAGUCAAAUCGCUUCCGGGCUUGAUUAUCACAGGCGCAUUGUUCUGUUUCGUAACUGGAGGAAUGGUGUCGCUUAUGCCACUGACUGUCACCAAUCUCACCGAAGACGCUGCCGAAUAUGGGACUCGCAUCGGAAUGGCUUAUACGAUCGCAUCCAUAGGAGCUCUCUUAGGCAACCCAAUUGCCGGGGCCACACUCUAUCGCAAAGAGGAAGCUGAAUCAGGGCCCAAGGCUCUGCAGCUAGAUUUUCGGGGGCUUUGGGUGUUUUCUGGAUCCUCAAUGGCGAUUGCCGGCCUGUUGAUGUUGUGGAUAAGGUACAGGGUGGCUGGCCUGAGUUGCAAGGUAGUAUAG